GCUCCCGCCCGUUGAGAUGUUGCCGCUGCCCCCUCUUCGCCGUGCCCUCCUCUGCCAACCCUGGAGGACCUGGUUGAGAUGGAAGAGCUCCGCGGUGGUACAGGUGGCCAACGAGCCCAUCCUCGAGUUCAAGCAGGGCAGCCCGGAGCGAGCCGCUCUACAGCAGGCCCUGAAUGAUCUGAAAGGCAAGACGGAAGAAAUCCCGUGUGUGGUUGGGGGUGAGGAGGUGUGGACUCCAGAUGUGCGGUAUCAGCUGUCGCCAUUUAACCAUGGGCACAAAGUGGCCAAGUACUGCUACGCGGACAAGGACUUAAUCAACAAAGCGAUCCAGGCUGCCUUGGCGGCACGGAAGGAGUGGGACUUGAAGCCCAUUGCAGAUCGGGCCCAGAUCCUCCUGAAAGCAGCUGAUCUGUUGAGUGGUCCUUACAGGGCUGAAAUUCUGGCCAAGACCAUGGUUGGGCAGGGCAAAACCGUCAUCCAGGCGGAGAUCGAUGCUGCUGCCGAGCUAAUCGACUUCUUCCGUUUCAACGCCAAGUUUGCCAUGGAGCUGGAGAGCGAGCAGCCCCUCAGUGUCCCCCCAAGCACCAACAGCGUGGUGUACCGGGGGCUGGAGGGCUUCGUGGCAGCUGUUUCCCCCUUCAACUUCACUGCCAUUGGCGGUAACCUGGCAGGAGCCCCAGCCUUGAUGGGGAACGUGGUGUUGUGGAAGCCCAGCGACACAGCCGUGCUGGCUAACUACUGUGUGUAUCGGAUCCUCCGGGAGGCUGGCCUCCCACCCAACGUCGUCCAGUUCGUUCCGGCUGAGGGCCCCGUCUUCGGAGACACCGUCACCGGCUCGGAACACUUCUGUGGCCUCAACUUCACCGGCAGCGUACCGACCUUCAAGCGGCUCUGGAAGCAGGUGGCUGAGAAUCUGGACCGUUACCGCACCUUCCCACGCCUGGCGGGAGAGUGUGGUGGGAAGAACUUCCAUUUGGUCCACCGCUCGGCGGACGUGGCCAGCGUGGUGAGCGGGACCGUCCGCUCGGCCUUCGAGUACGGAGGGCAGAAGUGUUCCGCCUGCUCUCGCCUCUACGUCCCCGAUUCACUGUGGCCCCAGAUCAAAGCCCGGCUGCUGGAGGAGCAUGGCAAGAUCAAAGUGGGCAACCCCGCGGAGGAUUUUGGGACGUUCUUCUCCGCUGUGAUUGAUGCCACGUCUUUUGGGCGCAUCAAGAAGUGGAUCGAGCAUGCCAAGUCUUCCCCCAACCUCAGCAUCCUGGCCGGGGGCAAGUGUGAUGACUCCGUGGGCUACUAUGUGGAACCCUGCAUCAUCGAGAGCAAAGACCCACAGGACUCCAUCAUGAAGGAGGAGAUCUUUGGCCCGGUUCUGACUGUGUAUGUCUACCCUGAGAGCAAGUUCCAGGAGACCCUGCGGCUAGUGGACUCCACCACGGCCUACGGCCUCACAGGGGCUGUAUUCGCCCAGGAUAAGAAUGUUGUCCGCGAGGCCACGGAGGUGCUGAGGAAUGCAGCGGGCAACUUCUACAUCAAUGACAAGUCAACCGGCUCAGUGGUGGCCCAACAGCCCUUCGGCGGGGCCCGGGCCUCGGGAACGAACGACAAGCCUGGGGGCCCCCACUACAUCCUACGCUGGACCUCACCCCAGGUCAUCAAGGAGACCCAUGCACCCCUCGGGGACUGGAAAUACUCAUAUAUGCAGUGAGACGUGCUUUGGGCUCCUAUCCCUUCCACACCGAUGACGAUCCGACCGCCCAGAUAGUUUCUGACCCCAUUCCCGUGAGCCCUGCCCAGCCAGGCUCAGGGCAAGAGAGAUACCCAGCAGGGUGAUCCCUGCCUUCACCUCCCCUCAAGGAUUCCCUGUGGAUUUUUCUCCCUCUCCAUCACUAUCCCAUUGGCAGUGUCCUCACUGAUGCCCACUGUGGCCUAUCUGUGUCAUGUGAUCAAGAGGAGAAGGGCUCACCCCUGCCCCAUAUGACCCCCUGUAGUGGCUGAUCUGACAUCAGGUGGCCCAGAGUCAGUGGAAAGUGGUGGCACAGUUCCCAGGGAGUGGAGAGAGAAGGAAGGGGAUGGACCCAUCUAGAGAGUUUUUAACAAAGGGUCACUCCCCAGUCCCUUCAGGAAUACGCAGGUCUCAACCUGCUGGUCAACCCUCCCUUUAGCCCAAGGCGGGUCUUAUCUUCAGUCAAUUGCACAAGGAGGCCUUCUCCUUCCCCUACUUUCCUCCCCGUCCCCUGACUAGGUUCUAUUGGGUUUCAAAGGCUUUUAGGAUUCUGACUCAAGUUACCCUCUGCCCCCACUCUGGACCUGGGGAGGGAGGAUGGAAGACAGGAUGAUCUGAUUUUUCCCAGGUAGUUUGAACCAUCAAUGUUUGCUGACAGGCCUUGGCACCUGUUCCUUCACUCCUUCCCUCCUCUCUGGCUUCUUACUGCAGCCAGAGGGGCUCAGGUAUCCAGCUGGGAACAAAGUUAGGAUGCCUCUCCCUUUGGCCCCCUUUCCAGCAUUCCUGCCAAAAGCAAACCGAGGGGGUUCUUGGCCCCUUUGGACAGAUGGACUGAGGCACCCUGGGGCGGGGGAGUCCUAUUGGAGCCAUUGGGCCUGACUGUGACACUUCUGUCUUCAUCUCCUGGACGAGUUUCUUCCUGGGUCCUCUGCCAUCCUGGGUAUGGACAGGCUUUACAUUCCCCACACCAACUUUCGGGGAGGACCGAGUGGGCCGAUAUUGAGCCAUCACGCUUUGGCAUUCCUUCUGGGGGUGGGGGUGAUCUUGGCUCCUCUGCAUCCUGCCUCCCUCCCUCAACAAUGCCACCGCCCUUCCAGUUGUGUGAGCCAACCCCCAACCUUUGGAUACCGAUUGAAACAGGUGGGCCUCUUCUCGCAAGCCACCUAGGGCCGACGCAUCAACUCUUAGAGCCUAGGGAACUCCCCUUCCUUCCUGUUGUGAUCCUGUUCGGGCCAGACUUGUUUUUAAAAAUCAGUGCGAGAGCCGGGUGUGGUGGGGAACAGUUGUAACUUCAGGCUCGGAGUUCUUCAGCCUACAGGUUGUGUUUUGCCCCACCCCUCUGGGGCUCAGGGCAGAUUUCCUCUUGGGUUCCUCCUAAGAAUGGCAUUGAUGCCCCCUUCUUCAUUGGCAUUUGCUGUUCACACAUCGAGGGAGUGGGGCUGCAGUUCUCGCAGGAGACAGGAAGCUGGCUGAGUAGAGUACCUUUUGCUGAGGGGAAGGGGUAUCCUGAAGAAUCCCUUGCUUUUUUUUCCCCAUCCCUCCAAGACUCACCCUCUUCCUCUUCCCAUCUCAGCAUGUUGCACCAAAGUCCUUUGUCCUGGAAAAUCACGCCAUUCUACAUGGAUACAAGGUCCAGUAAGAGCCCACCUGCAAGUAGCUCCAUGCAUAUUGGCUUCUCAGCAGUUGGUCCUAGCCUGGUGCAACCAAUCCAACUGCCAAAACUCACAAACAUGAAUAGCUGUCCUGAGGAGGCCCUUAAAUUUUAGGAAUUUGGAAACCCCGUCACAUGGCAGUGGGUGAUCAGAAUGGAGAGAGACCUGUGCUAAUAGAAAAGUGGGAUGGAAAAGCCCGGGGAAGUUUGGAUUCAACCUUGAACCUUAUUAUUUUUUUCUGAAGAUUGAGUCUCACGCAUUCUUGGCUAAUAUUGAUCUCCGUUGUCAGUGACUCUUGGCGUUCUCUAAGCAGACACCAAUAACUUAGGGAUUAACGUGAACCACAAGGUGCUUAAAGCCGCAGUCUGUUGCAGGGUAUAAAUUUCCCUGGGUGUGAUGCUGGUUUUGAAGUCUUGGCUGGCUGUGGACUUGGUAUUUGGGCGGUGGAUUUGCCUGUGUGCCUUCUAAUAAAAUGAUGUAGUAAUUAA